GUAUGUGGUGCCAUCCUCUUGUAACGCACACGCGGGUCUUCCUCGUUUGCGCAACUGCAUCCACGAACAAAACGGCUGCCUCUCUCUCCCUCCAUCUCCCUCGCUGGAGUGGAGACUCUUCAAGGCCAAGGAGAGUAGCAGGCAGCCAGCACAGCAGCGAGUGAUAAAAAAGAGGCAGCUCUUGGUCGUUGGUGUGCAUGCUCACGCGAUUCGCGUCCAAAAAUUUAUCAGGAAACCUUUUUCGAGGUCGCGAGUAUCAAUACAUCUUCGUGCUAGUGCGUGUGUGAGAGAGAGGGAGGCGGCCAUGACCGGAGGGGAGGAGCAGGGGAGGAGGCUGUUUGGCGUGUCGCUGACAGACAGGCCCAGGUGGCAGCAGUUCUUGAUCUGCUCAUCGGGGUUCUUCUUCGGCUACCUUGUCAAUGGCAUCUGCGAGGAAUACGUCUACAACCGGCUUCAGUUCAGCUUCGGCUGGUACUUCACAUUUGUGCAGGGGUUCGUGUACUUGGGUCUGAUUCGCCUGCAGGGAUUCACGGUGAAGCAGAUGGUGAACCCGUGGCGGACGUACGUGCGGCUCUCGGCUGUGCUCAUGGGAUCCCAUGGCCUCACCAAGGGUUCCCUCGCAUUCCUCAACUACCCCGCCCAAAUUAUGUUCAAAUCCACCAAGGUUUUGCCAGUGAUGAUAAUGGGAGCAUUUAUACCUGGAUUAAGAAGAAAAUAUCCGUUCCAUGAGUACAUAUCAGCAGUGAUGCUUGUUAUCGGCCUCAUACUAUUCACGCUCGCGGACGCACAAUCAUCACCUAAUUUCAGCAUGAUUGGUGUGGCCAUGGUUUCUGGAGCGCUUGUCAUGGAUGCAUUUCUAGGUAAUCUGCAAGAAGCCAUAUUUAAGAUGAACCCUGACACCACACAGAUGGAGAUGUUGUUCUGCUCAACUGUUGUUGGCCUACCUUUCUUGGUGGUGCCAAUGGUGUUAACAGGGGAGCUGAUGCGGGCGUGGACUGCAUGUUCCCAGCAUAUGUACGUGUACGCCGUGCUGGUGUUCGAGGCGAUGGCCACGUUCGUCGGCCAGGUCUCGGUGCUCUCCCUCAUCGCGCUCUUCGGCGCCGCAACAACAGCUAUGGUGACGACGGCGAGGAAGGCGGUGACCCUGCUCCUGUCGUACCUGAUAUUCACCAAGCCAUUGACGGAGCAGCACGUCACCGGGCUGCUGCUGAUCUCCAUGGGCAUCGUGCUGAAGCUCCUGCUGGAGAACAAGGAGAACGUCCCGCGCAGGCAGGUGAGGAAGACGGUGCAGCAUUGGGACGACAAGCAGCGGGAGAUCAGAGAAGUAGAAGAGGAGAAAGCUCCCUUGGUAUGACCAUUUUUUUAGUUGGCCCAAGCAAAGGCUGAACGAAUCACAAUACACCAAUUGCAGGACAGGAUAGAAAAUGCUCAAAAAAGAGUAACAACCCCUCUCCCUCUGUCUCUCUCAUGUAAUGUUUUGCUGUUGUGAGAUUGUUUUGUGGGUCUAUGCCAAAGGAUUCGAUUGACGAUAAUUACAGAUUAAUUUGGUUGGAGGUGA